AGAGUCACAUUCUUUUACUCAACUGUGGUAAUUUGUCAAAAAUAACACCAUUAUAUGUCGGUUAGGGUGUUCAGGGAAUGUUGAUAAAAUCUAAGUGUCGUCUGGUUUGUCGCUAACUGGUCCGGUAGGGUGUUUUUUUUUGUCGGUCGCCGUCAAAACAGCAGUAACGUUAGCGUUAGCAACCUAGCUAACGUUAGUCCUCAAACCCACGUAAUUCUGAUAGUUAGCCAAAUAAAAUAAGAGGGAGGCGUUGAUGAGCAGCAAUGUCUGGCAUCGCUCUUAGCAGACUGUCCCAGGAGCGCAAAGCCUGGAGGAAAGACCACCCAUUUGGUUUUGUCGCUGUGCCCACUAAGAAUCCUGAUGGCACCAUGAAUCUGAUGAACUGGGAGUGUGCCAUUCCGGGGAAGAAAGGAACCUUGUGGGAGGGAGGACUCUACAAACUCAGAAUGCUGUUCAAAGAUGACUACCCUUCCUCACCACCAAAAUGCAAGUUUGAGCCACCAAUAUUCCACCCGAAUGUCUACCCAUCCGGCACCGUGUGUCUGUCGAUCCUGGAAGAGGACAAAGACUGGAGACCCGCCAUCACCAUCAAACAGAUCCUGUUGGGUAUCCAGGAGCUGUUGAAUGAACCCAACAUUCAAGACCCAGCACAAGCAGAGGCUUACACAAUUUACUGCCAGAACAGGAUGGACUAUGAGAAGAGGGUAAGGGCACAGGCCAAGAAGUUUGCUCCCACAUAGAGAGGAGAGCUGGCCUCUGUCCCGCCUGAGCAGCCUGAACUAACGGAGGUUACAAACAGGAGGCAGGCAGCAUCUGAAGGACCACUCCAAUAAGAAUCCAGUUUUGAGUAUUAUUAUACUAUAACACAGAUGACAAGGGAGCCUGUUUUUCUUUUCUUUCUUUUUACAAAAGUUCAAUAAGAUCAUAAUUUUACCUGUCUUCAUGAAAUAUUUGUGCAUUUUUAAUGCCUAGCUGACGAUCCUAGAACUCAGCUGUCAACACAACCUUUUGCUAUUUGUAACUCUUGUAUAAUCCAUAUCUCCAGUUUUGUCAUGAGUGCUGCUAUUUCACUCAUGCCUCCAUUAAUUACUGUAAGUCAUGCUAAUGUAUCGACCGAGCUGUAGAAAUAACAUUUUGUGUCCAGACCGAUCUCUGUGUAAUAUUCAGUCGGUUGUGGCAGAGGAGGCGAUUUCGCCUCUUAUCAAACCCCAUCGAGUAUUGUAGAUAGUGUUACAUGAAUACGGGCACGAACUGGAACAAAGCAGUCAGACGCACAAUACAAGUGAAUCUUCCCUUUGUGCUCUUGAUGGCUUGUUUCAUUCCUGUCACAUAUCCAUCACAUUUACAGAGUUUACAUAAAAGCAUCAAAAGAAUACCAUCAUAACGUCAAAUUCAGGUAAAAGACAAUCCUGGCACUUGUAUAUUGGUUGUAAGCGAAACAGCAGCAGUUAAAUAGGCAGGAAGUGGCGCUCUGUCCACCUCAGAGAAGGGAAGAGUUACAGGUGGAAAAUGAGGCACAUGGGUAAGGGCUUCGCUUCCACCAAUGAGCUUAAAUCAUCCUUUAUUGUAGUGGAACUAAGGUAACUUUAGUGUUAAGACUCUUUUUAUGAAUCCAACUGGGAGUAAAACAGUUUUGACACCAGCACGUUAUCUGCUUCCCAGAAUGCUCCAGUAUGACAUAGAGGAGAGGUUGCAACUGUUGCUGUGUGUUUGGUUUGGCUCUCAAUGGGAUAGAAAUAGCAUACCAUCGCUCUGAGUCAUUUAAUCCCUUAAUCCUUACAAAAUUAAUACAAACAUUUAUAAAUCAAAAAGCUGUUAAAUCGAGUCGAUCUGGCAAGCAGAAGCUGAAGGAUCCUCAUUGGAAUGGCCUCUCAACCAGCAAGGAAGACAGACGAAAGGGCACUUGAGAGUGAGCGAAGGCCUGAGAUUUUUUUGUCUCUGAAUAUAUGAGCGCAUGUACAUAAUAUAAAUAAUGAAAAACUGUGGGAGUUAUGUUUUAUAUUGUUUUAGCCAGUUGACAUUUGUGUGUGGUAUUAUAAACAAAGAACACAAUACAUGGCAUAAAAUUGUGAAAUAAAGUUGCAUAAAAGAA